CCGCUCUGGAAGACUUCAAUCUCACGUGAAAUUAUCCUUUCUUAAAACAUAUCCAAGGAUUGUGUCGUUUAUUGAUGCAAUGUUACAUAGAUUAAAUUUAUGCUUGAAUUGAAUCAUAUUUCGAAUAAUAUUAUGUGGACUAGUUUUUAUUCAUGUGAGAAGAAAAAAAACUUAUUUGACAUUUAAACCGCACCAAACCAGCCUGAAUGCAAUAUUGGUAUGAUUCUCGGUGCUAAAAUGUCUUUCAUUAUUGAAGUGCGAUUGUUACAAAUUUUCUUCGGGACAAUUUCACACCCUUUCAUACAAACGAUUGAAUCAAACUGCUCUCGUCUAACUCUCUCUCAUCACCAUCAUCAUCAAUGGUUGCCCCCGCUAAAACUCAUAAGCUAAAUUAUCAUUUAAUUUUAACUAACCAAUAAUAGACCAGUGCAUUUAGGUGUCGUUUGGAAGUUGUGAUAGUUUUGUUGAGAUUGUUAUUAUGCAUGUAUUGUUUACAAUGCAUCGUUUUUUUGUUUUUUAGCAGAAACAAUACAUGGAUUGUUUAUGUGAUGUGACAGAAACUAUCACUCAUUUUGAGUGAUUGUUAUAUCUCAACUUUUAGUUGUGAUUGUUGAGAUAGUUGAGUUGAAAUUGUUUUGUCUCAGCUUUUAGUUGAUGCGACAUACACAAUCACAUAUACCAAACGUUGUAUUCUACAAUGCAUCAAAUUCGACAAUACAUGUACAAUAUCAUGCAUUCUCAACAAUACAUCUAUUUAACAAUCACAACUUCCAAACCCCUAGUUAUUUACAAAUUUGAUCAAUAUUCUCACCCCAACAACUCCACCCGUCAAGUUUAGAAAGAUGAUGCACUCUGUUAUGGAAAAACUUUUGACGUAGCGAUCUCUGUAAACCAAAAUUCAGGUAAAGGGUCAAAAGCUGCCGCCAUCUCCUUUGUCUUCCUCUUCUUCUUCACUGUCAAAGAAUGGCUACACCUACACCCCAAAGAAAUGAAAAAGAAAAAAAAAAGUUUGGAGCUUUCCACUGCAGUGGGCCCACCUCCGCCAUUGUCCUCCUCCUCCCGGAAGCUCAUCCAUUUUUUAAUGGGCUGGCAAACAGUUGGAUUCAAUUCAACUCUCUGCUGCUUUCUUCCGCCAUUGGUAUUUAAUGCCUGCACCCCCGCAAACGUUUGAUGUUUUGUCCUGUCGCCCUUGCUCUGGGUUCCUUCACAUGUCCUAAGAUCUGAUACACCUCACUGCCUGCAGCUCCAUUAUUUUAGUAUAUUUACUCUGAUUUGCCGCCCCAAGUCGGGAGCUUUAUCAACGCUUCAAAGCUCGUUUCUUCUCACUCUCGCACUCGCCCAAGUUCGCAAAAUGGGGAAGCUUUUCUACUCCUCCUCCUCCUGCUGCCUCCUCUUCUUCUUAUUGCUCUUCUUCGAACUGGGUUCGGCGGGGAACGUGACGUACGAUGCCCGCUCUCUCAUCGUCGACGGCCAGCGGAAGCUCCUCAUCUCUGCUUCCAUUCAUUACCCGCGCAGUGUUCCCGCGAUGUGGCCGGGCUUAGUGCAGACAGCGAAGGAAGGAGGGGUGGAUGUGAUUGAGACGUAUGUGUUUUGGAAUGGCCAUGAGAUUGCUCCUUCAGUUUACAAUUUUGAAGGCAGAUUUGACCUGGUCAAGUUCGUGAAGACUGUUCAGCAGGCUGGAAUGUACUGUAUUCUUCGUAUUGGACCUUUUGUUGCAGCUGAAUGGAAUUAUGGAGGUGUACCUGUUUGGUUGCACUACAUACCUGGAACUGUGUUCAGAACAGAUAAUGAGAACUUUAAGUUUUAUAUGCAGAGAUUCAUGACCUACAUUGUGGAUCUCAUGAAGAAAGAGAAGCUUUUUGCUUCUCAGGGAGGUCCUAUCAUCUUGUCCCAGGUGGAAAAUGAAUAUGGAUAUUAUGAGCAAGGCUACGGAGAAGGUGGGACGAGAUAUGCCCAGUGGGCAGCUAAAAUGGCCGUUGCUCAAGAUACUGGCGUUCCCUGGAUAAUGUGCCAGCAGUAUGAUGCUCCUGACCCUGUGAUUGAUACCUGUAAUGGGUUUUACUGCGAUACAUUUAAACCUACUGCUCCACACAGACCGAAGAUUUGGACCGAGAAUUGGCCUGGAUGGUUUCAGUUGUUUGGGGCCCCUAAUCCUCACAGGCCAGCUGAAGAUGUUGCUUUUGCUGUUGCUCGAUUCUUCCAGAAAGGCGGCACUGUGAAUAAUUACUACAUGUAUCAUGGAGGAACAAAUUUUGGUCGCACUGCUGGUGGACCAUUUAUUACCACCAGCUAUGACUAUGAAGCCCCAGUUGACGAGUACGGUUUACCUAAUCUUCCGAAAUGGGGACACCUUAAAGAACUCCACAGAGCUAUAAAGCUAUGUGAGAACUUGUUGCUAACCAGCAACCCGGUCAACAUCUCCCUAGGCCCUUCUCAAGAGGCUGAUGUUUAUGCUGAUGCAUCGGGGGGUUGUGCUGCCUUUCUAGCUAACACAGAUGAUAAAAAUGACGUGACUGUCACAUUCAGGAAUGCUUCAUACCACUUACCGGCUUGGUCAGUCAGCAUUCUUCCUGACUGCAAGACAGAAGUAUACAAUUCUGCAAAGGUAACAUCACAGGCUUCUGUAGUUAAAAUGGUUCCGGAGGACUUGAAGCCCUCAGUACAGUCAUCAAAGAAAGACUCCAAAACCCUGAACUGGGAAGUAUUUGUAGAGAAAGCCGGCAUUUGGGGAGAAGCUGACCUUGUCAAAAGCAGCUUGGAGGAUCACGUCAAUGUUACAAAAGAUGCCAGUGAUUACCUCUGGUACACAACAAGCAUUACUGUCGGUGAAGAUGAAGUGUUCUUAAAGCAAGGACGGUCUCCAGUUCUAAUGAUCGACUCAAAGGGGCAUGCUAUCCAUGUCUUUGUCAAUGGGCAACUUCAAGGUAGCGCAUCUGGCAAUGGCACAGUUUUCCCUUUCAAGUUUAAGAAACCCAUAACUCUCAAGGCAGGGAAGAACGAAAUUUCUCUGCUGGGCAUUACUGUUGGCUUGCCGACUGCUGGGCCUAGAUACGAAUGGAUCCCAGCUGGACUUACCAGCGUUGUGAUCAAGGGGCUUAACAAUGGACCAUUAGACUUGUCAAAGAACACUUGGACUUACAAGAUUGGUCUUGAAGGAGAAAAGCUUGCUAUCUACACACAAGGAGGUAUGAACCGUGUAAAUUGGGUUGCAACAGCAAAUGUGCCAAAAAUGCAGCCUUUGAUCUGGUACAAGACUAUUGUGGAUCCACCAACUGGAGAUGAGCCUGUAGGACUGGACAUGCUGUACAUGGGGAAAGGUCUUGCAUGGUUGAAUGGAGAAGAAAUAGGCAGAUACUGGCCCAGGAAAAGUCCUAAAAAUGGCAAAUGUGUUGAACAAUGUGAUUACAGGGGCAAAUUCAUGCCAGAUAAGUGUCUCACCGGAUGCGGGAAACCCACACAAAGAUGGUACCACGUCCCUCGCUCAUGGUUCAUGCCGUCUGGCAACACUCUGGUGAUCUUCGAAGAGCGAGGUGGAGACCCCACAAAGAUCAAGUUCUCAAGACGAAGAACCUCGGGAGUAUGUGCCUCCGCCAGCGAGGAUUACUCCUCCGCCACCCUUCAUCUCAAGUGCCCUGAAGGUACCCACAUCUCGAAGGUGAAAUUCGCCAGCUUUGGAACUCCGAGGGGGGCCUGUGGAUCGUACCAGACGGGAGAUUGCCACGAUCCCAACUCCGUUUCAGCUGUGGAAAAGGAAUGUGCGAAGAGAAACGAGUGCAAGAUCCAAGUAUCGGCACAAAAGUUCAGCAGCAAAGGGAAUUGCUCAGCUGGGAAAAGGAAGCUUGCUGUGGAGGUAAUCUGCAGCAGCUGAUCAUGAAGCUGAGAAUUUCAACAGUUUAGUUUGGUGGCCUUGAUGAAGCAAGGAAGAAUAGGAAUGGAGAUGAAUGAAAGCCUAUGUUUUAUUUUCCACUUCUAGAAGCUGUAAGGCUACCCUUAGGCAAAGCCAGGAAUUCACAAGUUUUGUUUGUUUGGAGAAAAAGAGCUGGAGAACAAUGUAGGAGGAAGAAAUCGUUCAAUGGGGAAGAAAGAUAAAUGUUGAAGCUGGCCAUAUCGUUUAAGGAAAUAAAUUUUGACACUUAAAAGAAUGAAUUGAUAAACUUUCCUAACUUAAAGGUUCUAAUAUUGGGACUAUCACUUUGAACAAAUUACUUUAGGAAAA